CAGAAUCAAGUCAUGACCAUCUCGACAGUUUUGUGUUUCCUUGCGCUCUUAGCGGGAAUCGCUGUAGAGGGCGCUUCCCACAGAGCGUCCUUGAAUGUUAAAGGUCACCACAUGGGGGAAUUCCCACAGCAGCUGUUUGCUAGAGGAGCCAGAAGUGCUCUUGAUUUUUGGCAAGACUGUGUUUCUAUUCCUCACCUGACACAGAUGAAGGAGAGGUUCGUCCGAUGGCUUGACCACAACAAUGACGGCGUGUCCACCUUUGACGAGGUCAAGAAUUUUAUUCGCCGCUUCAAACCGGAUGUGAGGGAUGAGACUGUGGCUGCUUACAUCAGGCGGAGGGAUACAAACGGAAAUGGCGUCAUUGACUUCGUGCCGGAGUACGUCCAUGAAAUGACCGCCUCUGAAAGCACACUGGACAGCGCCAAAGAAGAGUUCCAGUUUCUGGACUCAAAUGACGAUGGGCUUGUGACCGAAAAAGAAAUAGUGCGCAUGAGCGAGGCUUUGGACCAAUCGCCGGAAGAGGCGUUACAGACAGCUCAACUCCGCUACAUGCCGGCAGAUGUGGAUAAGGAUGGGAAGCUUUCGUUCGAUGAGUUCAAGGCCGUCUACAACCUGUAGGAAGAAAUGCUGGUGCAUUAGAGCUUUUUAACUUGUCAAAAAUCGCUAAGUGUUGUCAGCUGAAUAAUGGUUGUUUUUUAAACUUAAUUUUAAUAAAAUAAAGCUUCAUUGUUUAAUGCAUCAUCCUAACAUUUUUGUACAAGAUUCGUAGGAAAAACGGUAUUUGAUGGACCUAAUCAAGAUGAAAAAUAAGUUUAAAUUUAUUUUUUAUGUAACAUUUAAGUAGCAAAACAUUGAAAAGAUUGCAAAAGGGACGUAACUCAUUUAAAGGCUCUUGUUAUGGUAUUAAAAGUAUUUUAGAAAUAAAAAUGUGAACUUUUAUAAUUAAUACAAUCAUGAAGUAACAAAACCAUUAAAGAGAAAAUUUUUAAUUUAAACAAAUAGAGAACAUUAACAUGAUAUCAAUUUAAGGUUAAUCAAGACUUCUCUCACUCUCCUUUCAAAACCACACAACUAUUUUAAAAAUACCCUGUGAAAUAAAUGCAAAUUCUAACCAAAUUAAAUACUGAUAAACAAUGGAAAUCAAAAUGUAAACUACCCAAAAUAUUCUAAUCAGUAUCAUAAAAAAUAAUUUUAAAAAAAUAAUAAAAUGAGUUUGUGCAUGGUGAUUCAAAACAGGAAACUUAUAUAAACAAAUGUACUAGACUUCAUAAAACACAUUAUUUUUGAGAAUUGAUCAUUAAAGUUUACUGUGGGUUUUUUUUGUUUGUAAACAUAUUUACAGGAAUUUACACUUUGUGUAUUUAGUAGAGAAAAUUUAUAAUUUGAUUAAAAAAAUAUUUAUUAGAAAAAAUUACUUUGUAAAAAUUUAAAUUAUGGACGGAUAUAUUUAUUGUUGUGGCUAUGUGCAAAAUAUGUAUCAGUAAAAAAAUAAUUAUAAAAAAAUGGGAUGGACGAGAGUCAAAACAUUUUUGAAAAUAAAAAGUUUGAAGAAUA